CUCGGGAUACAGAGCUUUGCGUCGCGUGACUCGCGCCGCAUCGCAUCGCGGGCACACUGCACACCACCAUCACAUCACUGGGCGCCGCUCGCACCAAUGGCGACCGCCUCGCCGCCGCUGACGCUCGCCACCUCUUACCCGCCGCUCGCCGCCGCCGCCGGCGGGGGACGGCUCGUCGUAGUAGGCGCCGGGGGCGGCGGGGUCGCGCCGAGGCGGGGGCCUAGGGGCCUCGCUGUCCGGAGCGUGGCGAGCGAUCGGGAGGUGCAGGGGCCGUCCGCCUCGGCCGAGGAAGAGCUUUCAAGCGUGCUAAGUUCCAUUGAUUCGUCUGCCAUCGCAUCAAACAUCAAGCACCAUGCGGAGUUCACACCCUUGUUCUCUCCAGAUCACAUUUCACCCCUAAAGGCUUACCAUGCAACUGCUAAAAGUGUUUUUGAUGCUCUGAUAAUGAAUUGGAAUGCGACAUAUGACUAUUACAACAGAAUGAAUGUAAAGCAAGCUUAUUACCUCUCCAUGGAGUUCUUGCAGGGAAGAGCUCUUACAAAUGCUAUUGGCAACCUAGAGCUAACAGGACAAUAUGCAGAAGCGCUAAAACAACUUGGACAGAAUCUAGAGGAUGUUGCUAGUCAGGAACCAGAUCCUGCACUUGGCAAUGGUGGUCUAGGCCGUCUAGCAUCCUGUUUUCUGGAUUCUUUGGCAACCCUAAAUUACCCAGCAUGGGGAUAUGGACUUCGUUACAGAUAUGGCCUCUUUAAGCAAAUCAUAACAAAGGAUGGCCAGGAGGAGGUAGCGGAGAAUUGGCUAGAGAUGGGGAAUCCAUGGGAGAUUGUAAGAAAUGAUGUCUCUUAUCCUGUGAAAUUCUACGGAAAAGUGGUUGAAGGCACUGAUGGGAGGAAGCACUGGAUCGGAGGAGAGAAUAUCAAGGCUGUGGCGCACGAUGUCCCUAUUCCCGGCUACAAGACUAAAACUACUAAUAAUCUUCGUCUUUGGUCAACAACAGUACCAUCACAAGAUUUUGACUUAGGGGCUUUUAAUGCUGGAGAUCAUGCCAAGGCCAAUCAAGCACAUCUAAAUGCUGAAAAGAUAUGCCACGUAUUGUAUCCAGGGGACGAAUCAUCAGAAGGGAAAGUUCUUCGCUUGAAGCAACAAUAUACUUUAUGCUCGGCCUCACUGCAGGACAUCAUUUCUCGUUUUGAGACAAGAGCCGGGGAUUCUCUCAAUUGGGAGGACUUCCCCUCUAAAGUUGCAGUUCAGAUGAAUGACACUCAUCCAACAUUGUGCAUCCCUGAGUUAAUGAGAAUACUGAUUGAUGUUAAGGGGUUGAGCUGGAACAAGGCUUGGAGUAUCACAGAAAGAACCGUUGCAUACACCAACCACACGGUGCUUCCUGAAGCUCUGGAGAAGUGGAGCUUGGACAUUAUGCAGAAGCUUCUACCUCGACAUGUCGAGAUUAUAGAAACAAUUGAUGGGGAGCUAAUGAAUGGCAUCAUCUCAAAAUAUGGAACGGCAGAUAUUUCGCUGUUAAAACAGAAGCUUAAAGAAAUGAGGAUUCUAGACAAUGUUGAUCUUCCAGACUCUAUUGCCAAACUAUUUAUCAAACCUAAAGAGAAAAAGGAAUCUCCAAGUAAAUCAAAGGAGAAGUUGCUUGUCAAAUCUUUGGAGUCUAUGGCAGAAGUCGAGGAGAAAAUUGAAUCGGAAGAAGAGGAAAACAUUCUACCUGAGACAGCGGAGGAAAAAGCUGAAUCUGAAGAAAUUGCGGAUGCAGAAAAAGAGGAGCCUGAGUAUGAGUUAGAUCCAUUUGCAAAGUCUGAUCCUAAGUUACCCAGAGUUGUUCGAAUGGCAAACCUCUGUGUUGUUGGUGGGCAUUCAGUUAAUGGUGUGGCUGAGAUUCACAGUGAAAUUGUUAAGCAAGAUGUGUUCAAUAGCUUUUAUGAGAUGUGGCCUGCCAAAUUCCAAAACAAAACAAAUGGAGUAACUCCGAGGCGUUGGAUCCGGUUUUGUAAUCCUGAAUUAAGUGCGAUCAUUUCAAAAUGGAUAGCCUCUGAUGAGUGGGUUCUGAACACUGAUAAACUUGCAGAACUAAAGAAGUUUGCUGAUAAUGAGGAUCUGCAAUCAGAGUGGCGUACUACCAAAAGGAAUAACAAGAUGAAGGUUGUUUCACUGAUAAGAGACCAGACAGGAUAUGUUGUCAGUCCAGAUGCAAUGUUUGAUGUGCAGGUCAAAAGAAUACAUGAAUAUAAGCGGCAACUGCUAAAUAUCCUUGGAAUCGUUUACCGCUACAAGAAAAUGAAAGAAAUGGAUGCAAAAGAUAGAAUAAAGAGCUUUGUUCCAAGGGUAUGCAUAUUUGGUGGGAAAGCAUUUGCCACUUACGUACAGGCAAAGAGGAUUGUGAAGUUCAUUACAGACGUCGCAGCUACUGUGAAUCAUGAUCCUGAUAUUGGAGAUUUGCUGAAGGUUGUAUUUGUUCCUGAUUAUAAUGUUAGUGUUGCUGAGACGCUCAUUCCUGCCAGUGAAUUGUCUCAGCAUAUCAGUACUGCUGGAAUGGAAGCUAGUGGAACCAGCAACAUGAAGUUUUCGAUGAAUGGUUGUAUUCUUAUUGGAACUCUGGAUGGUGCGAAUGUUGAGAUCAGAGAGGAGGUUGGAGAGGAAAACUUUUUUCUCUUUGGUGCAGAGGCACCUGAAAUUGCUGGUUUGAGGAAAGAGAGAGCUCAGGGAAAGUUUGUGCCCGACCCGAGAUUUGAAGAGGUUAAGAAAUAUGUUCGCAGUGGUGUCUUUGGGACUUCUAACUAUGAUGAAUUGAUGGGUUCUUUGGAAGGAAAUGAAGGUUAUGGGCGUGCAGAUUAUUUUCUUGUUGGCAAAGAUUUCCCCAGUUACAUUGAAUGCCAGGAAAAAGUUGAUGAAGCAUACCGAGAUCAGAAGCUAUGGACAAGAAUGUCUAUCCUGAACACAGCUGGUUCCCCCAAGUUCAGCAGUGACCGGACGAUCCACGAGUACGCCAAGGACAUUUGGGAUAUCAGCCCCGUCAUCCUGCCCUGAACAAGAUGACAGCAGCUCCCGGCAACCGUCAGAAUCUGUAAUGCGCAACUGGUCACAGAUUCGGCUCGGCUCUCUCCUCCACAUGGAGGGUUCGCUUGCACCUGGUUCCGUGCAGACGGAUGCAAGUUCAGACUUGAGACUUGGACCUGGGAAUAUGCAGGGUAGCUCAUCUUCUGCAAUCCUGUCAGUUUAGCGGCUGAAACCUUUUUUUGACAGUUUAGGGGCUGAAACUGGUUAUGCUGUGUGUAUUUCGCUCAAUAAUGUUGAGAAUGAUUGCUUAUCUGGAAAGCUAGGUGACGUUUCCGGAUUCUCAACCAUUGCUAUGCAGUAGUACAUGCAUAAAUGAUAAAUAAAUCAUUACUCUUUCCGUUUCUAAA